AUGGGUGGGCCCGUAGACAUACCUCAGACGCUGCGCGACCUAAAAGACCGCCUAGACGCAUAUAGCCGAAGAUUUGAGGCGUGCGAAGAUCGACAUACUCACGUCCCCGCCUUCGACGCCUACUGGACCACCCGGUGUAAGGUCCUCGAAAGAGAGCUGCGAGGCACCAACCACCCCGUGGUUCAGUUGCAAGAGGGACCCCAGCACGAAAGAGUGCUGGUGGAGCAUUUGCGGUGGCGAAUGGACUACCGUCAGAGCCGAUACGCGCUCAUGAUGGCGGAGUUGGAGCACGAGAAUUGCAGCACGAAUCCAUUCAAGGAUCUCGCGGCUCCUCCCCGACCUCGGCGUCUAUCGGCCAAGACGACCGCUAAGGUUCCCAAGGCUGCCAAGUCAAGUAAUAUCAGCACUUCCGCUUCGUCGGCGCCCAAGUCGGGGACCCCACGGGGUCUACCUUUGGUACCUUCUCCUAACCCGGAUGAUGACAAUGCAAGCAACGACAGCGAGGUGGUCCGAGCGACAUUGGCUCGCUCGCGGUCUUUCCGGCGUCGCACCACGCCUAACGACCCGCCGCUCCCAGCUGUCUCUGCCGACUCUGUCACCCGACCGGUAAAUAUUCCAGGUCCAGAGUUAUUCCGAGCCAUGUUCGGAUCUUCGGACUCCGAGAUCGAGUCGGUUACGGGAGAGAAGGCCCCCCGCCCCAGUCACCAAGGCGGGCUCCGCCCCAGGAGAGUCACCUACAAUUCCGAAGGGUGA